AUGCACGUACAUCAAUCUCCAUCAAUGACAUCGCUGAGAAUUAUUCUAAUAAUUCUCGUGAUUAACAUCAAAUAUGAACGACGUAUUCAAGCAUCUAAUCUGCACGAUAUUCCGAAUGUAUCUUUCUCCGAUACAUUGCCGACAGUUCCUUUGUUAUCGGCAGCAACAAAUCAAUACUUGCGUGAUCAAUUAGUUUAUCUCACAGAACAAUUUUCUGCACUAACAUUGCCGAGUACAGAUAGAAUGAUGCGCGAAGUUUACAUGCAAUCAUCGAAUACGUUCAUCAUUGAGAAACGUAAUCUUUCCGAACUUGUGAUCGAAAUGGCAAAUUAUACCAAUCGUGCUAUAAUGAAGAAGCUCGAAGCAAUCAGAAAUCUCGUUACUAUCAGCGAACAAUCGUAUCGGCGAUUUGCGGAAACCGAUGAAGCAACGCGCAAUGAAACAGUCAAAUUCAUGGAAACUCAUGGUUAUCUCAGCACCAAACAUGUCGAAAAUAAUAUUAGCAAUACAACGAAUGAAAAUGCAUCUUUAACUAGUUCACCAAGUACGACAACAACGACAUCGUCAGCAAUUACAAUCACAGACAAUAGCUCAUUUCGACUCGAGGAUUCGGCAACCAAAGUGCCGCUUUCAUCUACCACUACUGAUUCGAACACAACCGGUUCAAUAGAUGAGAAUCCGUUAGGGUCUGAUGUAGAUCCUCAAUACAGAGUAUUAGUAAAAAAUCUAUAUAUGCAACAGAAAAAACAUUUUGGUGGAGCUUUUGUUAAUAUUACGCAUAGCACAGUCCACGUUCCGACUAUAAUCUAUUAUUUAAAUAAAGAAAUUCUCUUAACCGCAAAUUGGUCGUAUAAUCUUAAUCAAGCGUUUAUUGAUAAUUAUAAUCACGAUCCCGAGUUAACUUGGCAGUACUUUUGCAGCCAAACGGGUCUUUAUCGCGUGUGGCCGGGUCAUAAAUGGGAGUAUCCGGAAGGUGAUACUGAAAAAUUAGAUUUGUUCGAUUGUCGCGUACAAAAUUGGUACAUCCGUGCCACAUCAUCGCCACGUGAUGUGAUUAUUUUGAUUGACGCUAGUGGAUCGAUGACUGGCUUGAAGAAAUCUAUUGCCGUGCAAACUGUCGAAACAAUCUUAGAUACAUUAUCCGAUGACGACUUUGUACAAAUCAUUAAAUUUCAAGAAGAACCGGAAUUUGUCGAUGAGUGUUUUCAAGAUGGGCUCGUGCAAGCAACAUUUGAAAAUCGUCAUAGAUUUCGUCAAACUGUCAAUGAACCAUUCAAAACUAAAGACAUCGCGAAUUUUUCGAAAGCAUUGAACAUGGCGUUUAAUAUUUUAGACGAUGCCCGUACAAACAUAUCACUCACGGAAAAUGUCAGAUUAUUGUGUCAAUGCCAUUAUUUGACAACAGAUAAUCAAACGGACGCCCAACGGGAAGCAUUCUGUCCAACAGAUUUCAAUGUAACUCAUUACGAUGAUGAAGACGAGCCAUUCCUCGAUAGUACGGGUUGUAAUAAAAUGAUCAUGAUUGUCACUGAUGGUGCUACUGAAACCGCAUUAAGUGUUUUUCAAAGUCGAAAUUGGACCCCGAAUAACGUAUCAACAUGUCAUCCCAUCGAAACACGUGUAUUCACUUACAUGAUCGGAAGAGAACUAGGCGAUCCGAAGCAUAUUCGUUGGAUGUCAUGUGCUAACAAAGGAUAUUUUGCUCAUGUUUCGACGUUGGAAGACAUCCAAGAGAAUGUAGAAGAUUACAUUCCAGUUACAGCGCGUCCUAUUGCUAUGUAUAAUGAUCAUGUUACUGUAUGGAGUAGUGUAUUUCUUGAUGUGGAAAGAACCUUACCAAUAAAAACCUACAAAUGGUUUCCAUUCAAAUUCCCUGACCUCUCGAUCUCCAUGGAUGAGUUUAGGAAUAAAUCGAAACCUGUUCACUUGAUGAUUUCAAUUGCCCAACCUAUUCUCAAUCCACCAAAAGACAAAAAAGACGAAACAAUCUUAUUAGGUGCUGUGGGCGUUGAUAUUCCCGUAAAACUUAUUCAAGAAUUCUCACCGAAAUAUCGACUCGGAGUACAUGCUUAUUCAUUCAUGAUUAAUCACAACGGCUAUCUUAUGUUUCAUCCUGAUUUACGGCCUGUCUUGGGUCCAUAUCGAAAACAAAACUAUCAUUCAAUUGACUUAGAUAUGGUAGAAAUACCUGACAACCUCAUCAGAUUCGUUCAUCCAUUGCCAGCAAGUAGUAUUCAAGCAAUCCGGAAGGAUAUGAUUUUAUCCAAGGAAAAUCAACGUUCAGCUCGAGUCAAGAAACACUUGGAUGAUAUGCGACGGAUCGAAGUUGUCGAACAAAAGUAUUACUAUGCAACUUUAGGAGACAAAGAAUCGAAUCCUUUCAGUUUGGGCAUUGCUGUUCGUUUUCCUUAUGGUGAAUAUCAUGUUCGAACUACUGAACCGGACACAGGCAAAGCUCAAAUAGCACUUCGUUUUAUUCUUCAACGCAAUGUUCGCAUUGCCGAUUGGAUUUAUUGUAAUUCAACAGCGGAAGAUGAUAUCGGUGACACGGAAGAAUCAUUCCGUGAUUAUUUGAAAGAAAAAAUUGAAACAAUGAAUAUUCGUUCAUGUCCGUACAAAGCGAGUAAACAAUUGAUUUACAUGAUGAUCGAAGAAUUGUUCAUCAUGAGCAAGUUCGAAAAUUGGACGAAGAACGGUGCCAUCGACCGGAGUCAUCAAAAGCCAAUCGAACGAUCAGCUUAUCUGGAUUUUAAAUCAUAUGAACAUGAAAGCCAUAUCCACUGGAUUUUCUUAGCCACUCGAUCGGGUAUCACUGCUUAUUGGCGAUUGUCGAAUCAAGCUAUCGAAGAUCAUAUCAGACAAUUUGGCGAUGCAAAUCCGAAUUCCAUUGAAUCGAAUUAUUAUGAACGAACUAUCAAUGCUACGCAUUACUAUGGUGCUGACCAUAUUCAUGGUAAACAUUACGUCUAUUCACUUUUCUACGGAAUAUCGAGUAUUCCCGGUCCCAAUUCACAAAAUUCGUAUGAUAAUAAUACGAAUACGACAGAAGGACAAAGUGUGUCAUUUACUGCAUCACAUAUGUAUCUAGUCAUUACAACGGGAAUUUGGAUGAACAAAUCUAUGGAUCGACCGAAUAAUACCCAAAAUGUUCCAUUCGGAGUUUUUGGAGUUAUGUUACCAUACAAAACUGUUCGCUCGACUCAUUUUUCCGAUUUAUGUAGUAAAUUGGACAGUGGUGUAUGUUACAUCAUUGACGAGAAUGGAUUCAUUAUGUUCAUUAGUCAACAGCAAGGUGACGAUCGAACGGCUGAUAUUGGCAAGUUUUUAGGUGAAUUCGAGGGCUUGGUUAUGCAAGAUCUUGUUGCCAAGAAAAUCUUCGCUGAAGAGAAAAUGGUGGAUUUCCAAGGUGUAUGUUUACACAAGCAAAUAGUACAAGAAAAAAGUUCUGGUCACAUGUUUCGAAGUAUUCUCUAUACCAUCUCCUCAAUGAUCUGGAGUGUUAUCAACCAUAUUGCAAUGUUUCUUGUUCACGAUAUCCUUGUCUUUCCUCGUUGGACAUACGCAUCAAGAAAGUCUCAUAACAAUCAAAAUCUUACUCUUGAACCUGAAAAGCCACCGACACAUACUCGAGAGAGUCUUAGUAAUGUUCUUUUAACUCACAUUGACUUCCGUCGACCGAUCUUGGAUCAUCGAGAAAUAAAUGGAACGAAGGAAGAUGAAUCGGUCGGACGAAUUCCAUUGUCAUGUAUUGAAGAAUUUAACCUUUAUGUAUCAACAUGGAAAGGAUGGGAGGGUCCAUUACCGUCGAAAGACAAUCGACUAACAUGGGAAGAGAUUGAACGUGCUAAUACUGUUCAUGGAGCGGUUGAUUGUGCUGUUUAUUUAAGAGAAACAGUUGUGAGUGUAAAUGAAAAUGGAACGAACAGUUCAACCGUAGAAUCCCGACUUAAUUUCUAUGAAUCUUUCGGCUAUUCGAUAUCAAAGAUUCCGAGGAGUAAUUUAAUGCUACUAUAUGUCAAUCAUUCGAAAGAAGCGUCAGUGACCUGUCCCAAAUUGGUCAUCAAACGUAGACCCGUCGAAUUCACCAAAGAGGAAUGGUGUACACGUUUGAAAACGACACCAUAUCGUGAACGACCACACAAGUGUUUCUUCGUGCACGAAGGAGAAAAUCAAACAUCAUUUUCCAAGUGUUCAUAUGCCACAAGACUAGCUGACCGUUAUUCACUUGUUGUAUCUAUUUUACUUCUAAGUCACAUGUUUUUCUUGCAAGCCAAAUUUUGA